AUGGUCAGAUUUUCAGACGAGGAGGUGAUUCCUAACGAAAAACCCCAUAAUACAAACGGCACCUUCCCCUCACUCGCCCUCCCACCCAUCGACCACGGUAAAGAUGCCUGGUUCUUUCUGGCCGCCUGCUUCGUCAUGGAAGCCCUAGUCUGGGGGUUCGCCUUCACCUACGGUGUCUUCCAAGACUAUUACAGCACACUGCCCAUGUUCCAGAACUCCAAUAACAUUGCCAUCAUCGGAACAUGCGCCAUGCGUCUGGGCUGCGCCCUCGGUGUCCUAACAAUGUGUCUCUCUCUGGGCCUCUCCUCCCUGUCCACAACCACCACUCACCUGAUCAUCUCCCAAGGCAUCUUCUACGCCAUCGGCGGAAGCGUCGCCUACUCGCCAUGCAUCCUCCUAAUGGAAGACUGGUUCGACCAACGCCGGGGCUUUGCCUUCGGCGUCAUGUGGGCCGGCACCGGUUUAGGCGGCGCGGUCCUCCCCAUCGUUAUGGAAACGCUACUCGAUCGAUACGGGUUCCGGAUAGCGUUAAGAGGGUUCGCAGUUGUGUUAUUCGUGCUUACGGCCCCGUUGGUAUGGUUCGUCAAGCCUAGAGUGCCGCCUGCACUGCGGAGUACCGGAGUGGACGGCGUAGUACAGCAGCAAGCACCAAGGCCGCGACUCAAGGAAAUCCGAUUCCUCUGGACUUCAGGAACAUUCCUCCUCUUUGAGCUGUUCAACAUGAUCGAAGCAGUGGGGUACUUCCUCCCGUCUAUCUACCUUCCCUCGUACGCAAGAGCCAUCGGCGUUCCAUCAGGAAGCUUGGAAGCUCUCACAGUGAUAUUAUUCAACGUUGCGUCUGUAGUAGGGUGCGUAGUCAUGGGCGCCAUUAUCGACCGAUGGGACGUGACGACCUGCAUUCUGGUCUCGACUGUGGGAUCAACGAUAGGUGUGUUUCUCAUCUGGGGAUUUAGCGUCUCGCUGGGUCCGCUGUUUGUGUUCGCUAUCGUGUAUGGGCUGUUUGCGGGCUCGUAUACGAGUACUUGGCCCGGGAUCAUGAGGGAGGUGGUCAGGAAGGAUGGUGCCGCCGAGUCGAGUAUGGUGUUUGCUUGUUUGGCGGCUGGUAGGGGCGUCGGGAAUAUUGUUUCAGGCCCGUUGAGUGAGGCGUUAUUGGAGGGGAUGCCAUGGGCUGGAGAGUUGGGGUUUGGGUUUGGGACCGGGUAUGGGAGUUUGAUUGUCUUCACGGGGGUGACGGGGUUGGUUGGGGGUGGGAGUUGGGUUGUUAGGAGGGCGGGGUGGCUGUGA